UGCGUGCGAUCACACUGUUAGUGUCAGUCAGUGCUUGAGUGUGUCGGGGUGAGGGGAGUGGCACUCCUGCUACUGUAUGUGACGUGUGCCAGGUUAUGCACCGUGGGUAUAAUGCACCUACGGCGAGUGGCGAAGGCAUGGCGACUCCACUGGCUGCUCUUACUCUUCAUCUGUAUUCUAGUUGCUCUCAAUAUAUUAUAUACAUCAUUCACGAAGAGAAACCACCUUAGGUCUAAUGUGCAUGAUCAGGCAGUUCUUGGUUCUGGGCAGUUCGUGUCUCCUGAUGCAUAUCUUCAAGAACUUCACCAAAAAGGGGCUCUGCCUCAGUUGCUGUCUGUGAGAGAACGCUUGACCCCCCCUGUACCCGUCGUUAAGAAGGAACUCAGCUUUGGUGUACACGAGGAGGAGAACUCUGCUCGAGAAGUUCUGGAUAUGGAGGCCAAUGAGAGAGAUGUUAAACAGGGUCAUAUACUGGAUGCUGAUGCUGCAAAUGAAGUAAAUUCGGUUGAACCUGAUACUAAUGGAAAUCAUUUGGAAGAUGAAAAUAUUGACGAAAUGCAAGUAACAGAACUAGAAGCACAUGACAGUUUUCACGAGCUUCCCUUGCAACAAGGAGAUAAUUUCAAAGUAGAGAAUGCUUCAUUUUCUUGGGGAAGUGUUCAGAACUGGAGAUCUUUAAAUGAAGAUGAAGUACAGAGGUUGUCUGUAUUGGGACGAAGACUGUAUUUAAAUGAAAAAAUAGGUAAAGUGAAAAAUAGAACUUUUAGUAUUUUAGUUUGGAAAAGUGGUCCUGCUAUUGAAAGACGUUUACUCAAGGAAUAUGGCAAGAAAAGAAAAGACCCCUUUCGUAAAUGUUCUGCUCACAACUGCAGGCUUACUUACAGAGACGAGGCAGCAAAGACAGCAGAUGCUAUUUUGAUCCAUCUCCAUCGCACGGAAGGACCUCACACCUUCCCAAACCGAACCAAAAUAAGUCAAAGAUGGAUCUGGUUAACAGAUGAGUCUCCAUACAACACCUUUAUGGUGGCUAAAGAUAAUAAUAUGGCAAAUUACAAUGGUUACUUCAAUUGGUCAAUGAGCUACAGGAUGGACAGUGAUGUCCCAGUACCGUACGGUAGAACAGUGGAGAUGUCUCCAGACGAGGCUGCCUCAUAUCAAUACGUUGAUUAUUUCAAACUAAAGCCAAAAACUGUAGCAAUACUAGGAUCAAACUGUGGGGGUAUAAAUAGAAGAUGGGCAUAUGUGAGAGAACUGAAGAAGCACAUGGAAGUAGAUGCAUAUGGAGGCUGUGGCAACCUGAAGUGUCCGGGACAUUUCACUAAGGACUGCGAAGCUCUUAAUGACUACAAAUUUUAUUUAGCAUUUGAAAAUGGAGAUUGUCGUGAAUAUAUAACAGAGAAGGUUUGGUGGAAUGCCUUGGGGAAGGGAGCUGUUCCUGUGGUAAUGGGGGCACCAGUGCAAGACUAUAAAAAGAUCCUGCCACCCAAUUCAUUCAUACACAUCAAUGAUUUUCCAUCUCCUCGGCAUCUUGCCAAACACCUAAUGUUCUUGGCUUCAAACCCCGAGGCAUACAGCAAAUACCAUGACUGGCGCUCCAGAUAUCGGGUGCUGAAUGAACACGGAUACUUCGCCUCACAAGUCUUUCAUUAUUGCCGCAUAUGUGAAGCGCUCAACUAUAAUGAUCCAGCACCCAAAGUUUACAAUAAUAUGGAAGUGUUUUGGAAUAAACAAACUCAUUGUUUCCCGCCGACCUGGGAAGAUAGGAUGAAAUCCCACACAUUAACAAAAUUGUAGCCUUGUGAAAGAUUCCAUCAAAUUAAAGUUUUAUAAAAUAUGUAAUUAUUGUACAGUUUUAGCAUAAAGAUUUGAUUUCAUACUGACAUAAACUGUCAUAUAUUCAGCUAUUCUCCAAUGAAAAAAUGGAAUACAGUAAUGUACUUAAAAAAUAAAUAGGCUAGUAAGUUUUAGGGUACUAUUUUAAUAUUAGGGGUCUUUACAGAUUAACUCUUUUUAUCUUAUUGGGAAGAGCAUUUCCAGUACAUUAAAACAAUUAAGUAUAAAGCUUUAAUGCACACAGUGCAAUCUGAUAUUAGAUUCUACAACAUUUAAUUCAUAUUUACCUUGGUACACUUUAAAAAUUACAAUGAGAAAAUAUAGAGUAACUUUAUAAACACUAAAAACACUACAUGAUUUGAAAAGAUCAUGAUGCAAAUGAACAUUACAGAUUUAUAUACAUCUGGCACCUCAUGGCUAUAUAA